AGACCAGUAAAUCUGAUUCUGAGACUCGAACAUUACUCCAUUCGACACUGUGUUUCGAAUUUGGAACCAUAUGAAUCGGACCAUUGCAAGAUUAAAAAAUAUGAAAUUUCGGAUUAGUUGACGAAGAAAAGGGUUGGUAGCGGGAAUCACUUGCAUUGCAUCUAAAACGUGGGACCUCUAAAGCUGUAAAGUCAUCAUUUUUAAAUGUCGUUGGAUCACUUAAGCUCAAUGGUGGUUGGUGAGUUCGGUGUUAGGUGAAUGAAGAAGCUCUGUUUCUUGCUCUUCUACUUCUUCAGGGUUGUUUAGUUCAUUUUGUGCUUGAAGCAAUCAAAUUUGGGAUAACAAUGUCGUCUUCUUCUUCUUCUUCCUCCUUGGAACAACCUCGAGUCAUAACCUGUAAAGCGGCGGUGGCAUGGCGUGCUGGUGAGCCAUUGGUUAUGGAGGAAGUUGAAGUGAGUCCUCCUCAACCUCUUGAGAUCAGAAUUAAAGUUGUUUGUACAUCUCUCUGUCGUAGUGAUCUCUCUGCUUGGGAAUCUCAGGCUCUUUUGCCACGAAUAUUUGGCCAUGAAGCUGCAGGUAUAGUGGAGAGCAUAGGGGAAGGCGUAACUGAGUUUGAGAAAGGAGAUCACGUGCUCGCUGUAUUCACUGGUGAAUGUGGUUCAUGUCGGCAUUGCCUCUCUGGGAAAAGUAACAUGUGUCAGGUUCUUGGAAUGGAGAGGAAAGGUUUGAUGCAUAGUGAUCAGAAGUCACGCUUCUCCAUCAAAGGAAAGCCUGUUUACCAUUACUGUGCGGUUUCAAGUUUCAGCGAGUACACUGUGGUUCACUCUGGUUGUGCUGUCAAAGUCGAUCCUGUGGCACCUCUUGACAAAAUUUGUCUGCUUAGCUGUGGAGUAGCUGCAGGUCUUGGUGCAGCAUGGAAUGUUGCUGAUGUACAAAAAGGUUCAAGUGUUGUGAUAUUUGGUCUUGGAACCGUCGGUCUUUCAGUUGCUCAGGGUGCCAAACUCAGAGGAGCAGCUCAAAUAAUUGGGGUUGAUAUAAAUCCAGCUAAGGCUGGACAAGCAAAGACAUUUGGCGUCACGGAUUUCAUUAAUUCAAAUGACCACUCUGAACCUAUAUCUCAGGUAAUCAAAAGAAUGACAGGAGGAGGUGCGGAUGUCUCAUUUGAAUGUGUUGGUGAUACGAGAAUAGCUACAACUGCUUUACAAUCAUGCUCGGAUGGAUGGGGCAUGACCGUUACUCUAGGUGUACCGAAAGUGAAGCCUGAAGUUUCAGCUCAUUACGGACUCUUCCUUGCUGGGAAAUCUUUGAAAGGCACUCUUUUUGGUGGUUGGAAGCCUAAAUCUGAUAUUCCUUCACUCGUUGAAAAGUACAUGAACAAGGAGAUUAUGAUCGAUGAAUUGGUAACACAUAACCUGGCAUUUGAUGAUAUCAACAAAGCUUUUGAUCUUAUGAGAGAAGGAAAGUGUCUGCGUUGUGUUCUUCACAUGCCAAACUAAUGCCUUCUCGAGAACACAUGUACAGUUUCAAGAGGGAUCUGUACUGUACGUUCAACAGCUGAGAAGAUCGAUUCACUUCUCUGGUUGUAUUAAACAAAAUUGAUGUUUUAUCUGUUUUGUAUAGCAGUGAGACUCGUUUACCAUAUGAUUAAAGCAAUUGAGUGAUUAGAACCAAGGACAUCGAUCUUAAAGAUGCAGACUUUAUCUACUCAACUUGAUA